AUGCCUCAAGAAGAUAAAAUUACUGUUUACUGGUUAGCUCACUCCAGGGCUCAAAGAAUUGUGUGGUUGUUGGAGGAAUUGGGAUUGGAAUAUAACUUGCACAUGGAGGAUCGUGUUCAAAUGGUUAGAGCCCCAGAAAGCUACAAAAAGUACCAUCCAUUAGGUAAAACUCCAGUUGUUCACAUUGAAAAGCCUGAUGGCACUAUUAAGAAAUUUGCUGAAUCAGGAUUCAUCACUCAAUAUUUGAUUGAACACUACGAUACCACUGGUAAAUUUAAACCAGCUACUGAGGACGAUAAGGACUUGAUUGACUACUUCAACCAUUACUCUGAGGGUACUAUUCAACCAUUGUUGGUUGGUUUGUUGGUUAACAACGUUGCAGGAAAGUCGGUUCCAUUCCCUGUGAGUUUGUUGGUGAAAACAGUCGUUGGUAAAAUAGAUCAAGGUUAUUACCAACCAGAAACUGAAAAGAAUGUGAAAUACUUAAAUGACUUCUUAAAAGCUCAACAUGCUAAAGGCAGAAAAUGGUUUGUUGGCGAUAAGAUUUCUGCUGCUGAUAUUAUGUUGUCAUUCCCAAUUCAAAGUGUGAUUACUUCGGACAGAGGUGCAACUAGCAAACCAGUCAAAGAGAGCUAUCCUGAUGUUUACCAAUACUUCCAGGACAUUACUUCAGAGCCAGCAUGGAUUAGAGCUGCUGAGAAGGUGAAAGGCUAUGACCACGUUGUCAUCAAUGGUAAGUUGUAA